GUGCGAUACUUCCUCCCGAUUUUCAAUUUUCGCGCAUCCCCCCUUCUCCAUUCCUUCGAACUGCCCAAUCUCCCCCCUUCUUCCUCCGAUCAAUUUUGCUUCGUCCUUGCGUUGCUGGAACGUCUUCGAACUGCCCAACCUUCCCCGUCGCUGGCCGUCGCUGCCCAACCUUCGAACUGCCCAACCUCCCGACGAAGCCAACUGUCGUCCCUAGCAACCCCGAAGACUAGCCUCGUUCCCUGCAACCCCCGUCGAAGGCAUCCUGCCAACCCUCCGUCGAACGCCAGACUCCUCCACGCCAGCCCCCGUCAAAGGCGACCUUAAUCGCUGCACAUACAAGGUCCGAAUCCUCCUCCCCCUCUGAGUCGAAAAUGGUGCGAACUCCUCUUGCAACCGUGGCCGAAAGGGCACUUGAACUCCAGAUCCCAUUGAGCAAGCAUUUCCCUGCGCAGUACUCUAUGUGCUCGGAUGUCAAACAUGUUUCCAAGUACGUGAAGGACAUGCUUUCCAAACAACAAAUGGCACAGUUUCGGAAGACACCAUGGGGUCAUUUUGCUGACAUACCUGAUAUUCAGUUUUGUGCCCAAAUCGUGCACAUGUUGUUGUUACGUAUGGUCAAGCAACAACCCAAAGAUGAGCUCUGGUUCAACAUAGUGGGCAAAAUAGAAGAAUUCACAUACAACGAUUUCUGCCGCAUCACAGGCUUACCUCCGGCAGCCCCCAGGCCUGCCGUUGCCGAAGAUACUGAAAAAGAUGAUGAAGACGCUGAAGAUGAGGAAGAACCUGGGGAGAUUUCGAAGACCUACUUUGGUGGAUCACUGGAUAUCACUUUCCAGAUGAUGAAGGACAAGGUUGAUGAAGUACGGGGAGGUAAAAAAAGGAAAGGUGACCUACCAGUGAAGCUUGCAUCCCUCUUUGUAGUUGAGAAUGUACUGUUGGGAAAAGAUAGGACAACUCGGAUCAGCCGGAAGUCUAUUCAGCUUGUGAAUGACUUUGAAGAGUUCAAGAAGGAGCCCUGGUCGAGAGAUGCAUAUGAUUUGCUUGUCACACAUGUCAAACGUCUUCUUGAUGGGCAUCCAAUGAAGUUUGUUGACAGUAAAACUAACAACCCUGAGUACAAAAAUGCCAAGUUUUCCAUCUACGGGUUCAUAUUGGUCUUACAGGUGUGGGCAUAUGAAAGAAUUCCAAAAUUUGGGGAACACUUUGGCACACGUGUUGGGAAUGAUGAAGUCCCAAUACUAAAUUGGACAUGUCAUGGCAAAUUCCGGUCAUCUAAGAUACGGAAACUAGUCUUUGCUGAUGAGGUGCCUACACCCCCUAAUUCUGAUGAUGAAGACGAAGGUGAACAUGACAAUAUUGAACUUGAAACAAAGGAAAAGGUUGAAGAAAUGUGUUCAAAUAUUGAUGAGAUAAAAAUCAGUGUUCAAAGGUUGGAAAAAAAAGUGGACGAGGAGCUUGGUGAACUGAAAAACUUACUGGUUAAGGUUAUUGAUACAGUCAACAAGGCUUUACAGGAAAAGG